AUGUACUGGGUCAAUGCUGGAUCCUCCAGGACUCUAAGCACCCCCAUCCCCGUGGGCUGCUGCACCACAUUCCUCUUUGCCCCAAAACACAAGACCUCUGUCAGCACUUAUGAUGACUCCUACUGCCUGCCAUGGUCUGUCAAAAAGACCAUCAGAGAGCAGGCUCCACUACAGCUCUGGAAAGAAAACAAGUUUGUGAUGCAGGGAUUAACAAUGACCCUGGUGCGAAAUUUGGUGAGCCAAAGUCAGCCUGAACAGCUGAUUAAGGUGGAGAUGCAGGAGUACUACAGGAAUGUCAUCAACCCUGUUAGCUGGCCAGCUUUUGUCAAUGAGGACAAAUACAUCACAUGGUGAAUGGGUUCCUACAACAGCACAGCCUGGAAUAAGCACUCCUCCGACCUCCCCCUCCUGCCCAAGGAGAUGAGAAUAGAGACCUUCUUGGGCAGCAUACUUGUGCCAUGCCAUCUAAAACCCACCUGCCUCAAUGAAUCUGGUAACUACCCUCACUCUGCCCCUGUGCUUCAGCUAACAAGUAAACCUAUGACACCUGUGUACAUCAUGAUGGGGAGGGGAUCCUUCCAAGGCUACUACUGCCCCUGCCCCGGACAUCACUACUGCCUAUGAGGGAUGGACUAUUACAUUGAUGGGGCCCCUGCCAUCAGAAGGCAUCUCCCCAUGCUGGCAGAGAGGGCUGAGUAUCCUCUGCUGCGGUUACAGCCUCAGAGCAAUGGUCUUUGUAUCUACACAUCACCCCAAGCCAUCCUCCCUGCAUACAAGCCCUAG